AUCCGGGAAAAAGUAGCCACACCUUAGUCUUCGGGUGGGAUUAUUUCCCAAUACAUUCCCCCGAAGAUGAUGGGCUAUAAUGGUCUUCCGUUUCAGCAGCAACGGGCCGCCCAGCAGAAUCCCCAUCCUCAGCAUCAUCAUCACCAACAACCACCACAACAACAACAACAUCAUCAUCACCAUCAGCUACAGUCUCCAUCCAUGAGUGCUGCCACCGCCACUCAUCCACAUCAUGCCGGACUCGCCGGGAAUAGCAGUCUGCUUCGCGCCCAUACCCAAUCCGAGUUGGCGGCCCAUUCCCCGGAUCCCCGCAAAAUCACCCCGGUCUCCUCAAGUCCGCUAGUCGGGUUAAAUACUGCCGGUCAUUUCGGCUCCUUCCCCGGCCACUUCACGCCACAGGGUUCGUCCGACCUGCUGUCCCGGAAUGCCGACUCGGUGGGUCAGUUGAAGGAUCCCUAUCUAUCCUUGCAGAGCCUCCAGCGCAACAUGAACCCCAUGGCUGCCAAUUAUCGCUCCCAUGCCAUGAAUGCGCAAGCCGCCAUGUCGCCCCAUGCGCACUCCAUGGGGAUCGCGUCGCCUCAGCAGUCGCUCGAACGCCUCCAGCAGCAACAUCUGCAGCACCGCCAGAGCGCCCAUUCGCUUCCCAACGCGCAAGCGCCAACCCCGGCGGCCGCCUCACCCAUGCUCGGGGCGAGCCAAACCGCGCAUGGGUUCCACCAGUCGCCUUUUCAACAGGCUCCGCAGGCGUCUCCUUACCAGUCUCAGGCUCAGCAACUGCCUCAGUUUCACGCGCAGUAUCAACAGUCUCCGCACCAGGCGUCUCCGUAUCAGAACCAAUCGCAGCAGUCUUCGUACCAGCAGCACGCCCAGCAGACGUUUCAGCAGCAGCAACAGGCUCACCAGGAAGCCCAACGACAGGCUCAACAGGAGGCGCAACGACAGGCUCAGCUAGAAGCUCAGCGACAGGCGCAAUUGGAGGCUCAGCGCAAGGCACAGGAAGAGGCCCAGCUGAAAGCCCAGCAGGAAGCUCAAUUGAAGGCGCAGCAGGAGGCUCAGUUGAAGGCCCAGCAGGAGGCUCAGCGGAGGCAGGAGGCCCAACUGAAAGCCCAGCAGGAAGCCCAGCGCAAGGCCCAGGAAGAAGCUCAAUUGAAAGCGCAGCAAGAAGCUGCUCUCAAGGCACAACAAGAAGCCCAACUGAAGGCCCAACAAGAAGCUCAGCGAAAAGCCCAGGAAGCUCAACUGAAGGCACAACAGGAAGCCCAGCUGAAAGCUCAGGAGGCCGCUCAGCGCAAAGCCCAACAGGAAGCCGCUCAGCGGCAGCAGCAAGCUCAGCAACAGCAACAAACGCAGCAGACUUUUCAGCAACAGCAGCAAGCCCGCUUUCAACAGCAACAUGCUCAGCGAUCACCUUUUCAAUCGCAACCGCAGCAGCUUCAAUUCCAUCACUAUCAACAUCAUUUUCCACAACCGCAACAACAACACUCGCCACAGCAACAGCCACAGCCACAGCCACAGCAACAGCAGCAGCAGCACACUCUGAUGCAUCAGCAACCGCAGCAACAACACCAAUUUAUUCAUCAGCAUCCAGUACAACCACAGCCUCGUCAAAUUCAGGCCCAGCCACAGAGUCAGCCACAGGCCCAGCCGCGGAACCAGUCUCAGAGCCAAUCUCAGUCUCAGUCUCAGAGUCAACCUCAGACUCAACCCCAACAGCAGCAUCCGGCACAGUCAUCUACCCCGAUCACGGAGAAAGCAGCACCUAGUAAACCGCGGAAGAAGCAGGCCAAACCCGCUGCAUCGCCGGUUCCCGCGGGGAUACACAUCAACGGACAGUUUCAUCCCGUUUUUCAAGCUCAGCUUGGACCUUCAACUCAACAGCCUGGCGCUAGUAGCCCUGCCAAAGCUCCAUCCACUGCUACCGUCAAUGUUACUGCUACUGCCGCUCCUGCUGCCGCUGCUGCCAACGCGGCUCAAAGUGCCGCUCAUAGCGCUGUUUCUGGGACUGCUCCUAGGUCUCUUCCGGACGCUAUCCCUAAUGCUAUUCCUGGAUCUGUCUCAGGGGCUCCUCCCGGUUCGCAAGGUGAUGUUCCAGCCCCUAAGAAAAGAGGUCGUCCCCGCAAGCCCCUCGCUCCCGGGGAAGUGCCCAAACCUCGUAAACCGAAAAGACCCAAGAAACCGCAAGAGACUACCACUAUCAUUGGUCCCGAUGGUACUCCAAUCGAAGUCCCUGUUCCCCCCCCACCGCCAGCCUUGGGUCCUGAUGGUAAUCCCCUGCCGCCGCCCCCUCCCAAGAAGAAGCGACCCAAGCUUCCUCCUCUGCCUCCGAUUGUCUUGCCUGACGGGACCAUCAUCCCUCAGAAGCGCGGUCGUGGACGGCCGCGCAAGACUGAGGUGAGCGGCGAUCAGCCCCCAAAGCCUCGGCCACCUAAGAAGCCAUCGUCCAAACCAGGGACGGGACGGCCACGUGGGCGACCCCGAAAGGCGGAUGUGCUCGCACGAAAGGCAGCAGAAGAGGCGGAAGCUCAAAAGAAGGCCCUGGCUCAAGGGGGUGAACCAAGUCAGAGUUCAGGACAAGCAUCGCAGACACAGCAGGAUCAAGCACCCCAGCAGCAGCCGCAGCAGCCGCAGCAGACACCGUUGAUGCAAGUUCAACCUCAGCAGCCUCCGCAACAACAACAACAGCAGCAGCAGCAUCAGGUGCAAGCACAUCAGCAACAUCAGCAACCGCAACAGGCCCGCGCUCAACCUCAUCAAGCGCUGCAACAGCAGACUCAACAACAUCUCCAUAUCCAGCAGCAACAGGUUCAGCAGCAUACGCACCUUCCGCAGCAGCAACAAGCCCAGCAGCAGGUUCAUCAGCAGCAGUCUCAGCACCAGGCCCAACACGCUCACCAACCGCAGCAUGCUCAGCAACAGGCUCGCCAGCACCAGGCUCCGCAACAUGUUCAGCAGCAAGCUCACCAGCAGCCACAGGCUCAACAACAGGCGCAAGUCAAGUCGCAAGCCCAGGCCCAUGCAAAGCCUCAGGCCCAACACCAGCACUUGCAUCAGUUCCAGCUUCAGCACCCUCUGCCACAUCAACAGCAAGCUCAAAAUGUCGUGCAGCCUCAAUUCCAAAUCCAUCAGAUGCAGGUCAAACCACAGCCCCAUCUCCAGGCUCAUCAGAUUCAGUCGCCGCAUAUGCAAGCCCAUCAGAUCCAGUCUCCCCAUAUGCAAUCUCACCAACUGCAGGCUCAACAUCAGCCUCAUGCUACUGCUCAUACUCAGCACCACGCACAGCAGGUGCAACCGCAGCAACACCAACCGCAGCAACCACAGGCGCAUCAACAAGCUGCUCGACCCAUCCAGCUCCAAGCACAAACGCAUAUGCAGCCGCAUCAUCCUCAGGCUCACCAACUACAAGCGCAUCAGCUGCAGGCUCAAGCGCAGACACACCCCCAUGCUCAUGCUCAUGCGCAUCAGCACCCGCAUUUCAACCUCCACCCCCACCUUCACCCUCACAUCCAGCCUCAAACCACCGAUUCCAUGACCCUCAACCCGUCUCAGAAGCGUAGCGCGCCUGUGGACGAUGAUCCCCGAAAGCGGGCUUAUAUAAUGCCUCAGCAGAUGUAAUGGCGUCCUCGUCCCAUCCUCAAUGUCGUCAUGCCCGCUGCUAACGUCCACCCCCUUUCUGUUAUAACUUAAUUAUCUCGGACUACUGUUCGUUUUCUGUGAUGUAUGCUCAGCGUGGUAUCUGUCCGUGUUCCUGUCUGGUAUCCUUGUGAUUUGACUUCCCUCUUGGCCCAUGUUUCUAUCGUGAUGAAUUAUAGCAAUCAACAUAUCGAUCAUGUCGUGGGCAGAAAGCCUACUUGGAGCUCGUUCGGGUCUUACUGUUGGGGGUUUGUGUUGUUGUUUCGUCUAGCCUGCUUCGCCCUGCUUCGUGCUUAUCAGCAUCGCAUUGCAUAGCAUAGCCAUAGCCAUGAUCAUGGUCAUAACCCAUGGAG